AUGAACACCACAUCCUCAGUCACUGCACAGAUGGUAGUAGACCAUUACUCUGCUCUUGCGCGCGAAGACGAUGCCAAAAACACCGACCAUAUCAAGAAAGUAGCUGAGUCUUUCGGUUACGCUCCCGAAGAUCUCGCUAGUAUCCCCGAGGGAGCAAAUCUCGGUGUCAGCUGUGGAAAUUCACUCGCCGUAGCUAAGUUGAGACCAGGAGAGACAGUGAUCGAUCUCGGCUCGGGAGCAGGCUUCGAUGUCUUCCAAGCAGCCCGAAAGGUCAGAUCAAAGGGUCUCUCAAUUGGCGUAGACAUGAGCCGCGACAUGCUCGAUCGCGCCCAGACCAAUGCAUCCAAAACAUCCAUCACCAACGUGAAAUUCAUUCUCUCACCCAUCACAAAAAUCCCUUUGGAAUGCGAAAAUGCAAACUGUAUCAUGAGCAACUGCGUUAUUAACCUUCUUCCUGUGGACGAAAAACCUUUAUGUUUCUCCGAGGUGUAUCGGCUGUUGAGACCAGGGGGUCGACUGGCUCUUAGUGAUAUACUGGCAAAGAAGGAGAUUCCUAAAGCUUUGAGGAGGGUUGUAUGUUGGCUGCAUUGGCGGAGCUAG